CUAAUCAUACAAAGGAUGCAUAGAUUUACCGACGUAAUACAAUAGCAUUGUUGAUUACAGAAACAAGAUCGCACUGCACAACGUCCGUUUGACAUUUUUCUGACUUUUUUUUUUUUAGUAUCCUUUGGUUUAUACCUAAGAUUUCAGGGUGGCAAUCUUGUUGGCGAAUAGUGCAAUCAGUGACCACGAGAGUACCUUAUUCCUACGAUAGUGUACAUGGAUUUACAAUAAUACAAGUAUUGAUGUAAAAAUGUAAUAAGUUCAAAAAUGGUUGAUAAUAACUCACCUCCAACUAAUCUUUGGGAUACACUAUCCAGCGCAACUACAUUUGACAGAGGUAACAAUGCAAAUCCAACACUAUGUUUGGACAAUGAAAGUAAUCUGAACAAUAGGCAAAUUGUGAGCAUAGUUAGAACUUCUACUAGUCUUUUAAUAGAAUCACUCAUACAGCAAUUGUGUAUACUAUUUGAAGAUGAUUCAGUAUGCAGAAAUAAAUUGUAUUUUGCUAUUUGUGAUAGACUUCACAAAUUGGAACUAAUUGAUGAUUCCUACAAUAUGAUGGAAUUCGAACCAUUAAGAAAUCAAUAUCAACAAGCACUGUAUCACUUGUUUACAGUUACGCGUGCAGCAGCCGGUUGUGAAAAUUCACUUCAGAUUUCAAGUUUAUGUAGACCAUCAAUGACAGAAUGGUCCCGGUAUCAUAGAGAGUUUCAAGAAAUAAGUUUUAUUGCUGCUGGAGGAUUUGGUUAUGUUUUUAAAGCUUUACAUCGUCUUGAUGGUAUUGAAUAUGCCAUUAAGAAGAUAACAGUUCGUUCUGAUCGAGUUAAGAAUAUAAUGCAGCAUCUUGAAGAAGUGAAAACUCUUGCAAAAUUAAAUCAUACCAAUAUAGUUUCAUAUAAAGGUGCAUGGAUUGAACCAAUGUUGCCUUCAAGGCAGCAUUUAGUAUCCUUAAGUCAUUUGCAAAGCAAAUUAGGUUCUAUUGAACAUAACAAAACAAAUGAAUAUAGAUCGUGGAUAAAUCAGACUGCCAGUUCACGAAGUCAACAAAGUUUGGAUACUGGGAGUAGUGAAAGUCCGAAAGAAAAUGACAAACAGGACAUGUUGUCACAACAUAGUAAAUGGACAAAUUAUAACUCUGAAGAAAAUGUUAAGAAGGAUGAGGAGAGAACUAAUUCAAACAGUAUAUCUUUUAGGAACGAUAGCGAACAUCAAAAUAAUAAAACAGAAAAUAAUACAAAUUAUACUGAUGGCAGUAAUUCAUAUGAAGAAUCCAGUAAAAAUAAGAUGCUUUUACCAUAUAUACCUCAAACAAAUAAAUAUACAACAUUGUAUAUUCAAAUGGCUCUUUGUGAAAAAACACUUCAACAGUGGCUUGACGAAAGGAUAGAGGUAACGCCACAAGAAAUGCUCAUUGCAAUAUUAACACAAACUCUUCAUGGUUUAGACUACAUACAUUCUCGUGGAAUUGUGCAUCAUGACAUAAAGCCAAGCAAUAUAUUUAUUUCAACGUCAGGGCAGCUACAAAUACAGUUAGGAGAUUUUGGAUUAGCUUGUCCAUUACGAAGUGAAAAUCACCAUUCCAUAAUAGGAACACAAAUGUAUGCAGCGCCAGAGCAACUACAAGGAAAAUGUGAUCCUAAAAGUGACAUAUAUAGUUUAGGAAUAGUACUUUUAGAGCUGAUAGUGCAUACAAGAACUCAGAUGGAAAGAAUUGAAAUAAUUAAUAGUUUGAAAAUGGGACAUAUACCAACAACAUUAGCUGCUACUCAUCUUAAGUGGGCGCAUAUAGUAAGUCAAUUAGUUCAAGAUGAGCCCGAGAAUCGGCCAUCAACGAAUCAAUUGUUACAAGACUUAAACGAAGAUAAAGAUAUGAUGAUAGCGCGUUUAAAGAUUGACAUUGCUAAAAAAGACGAUGUAAUACAAAAAUUACAGGAAAGGAUAUUAAUAUUAGAAGAACAGAUGGUUAAACAUAGUACAUCGUUGCAAGAUAUAUAAACCUUUGUAUUAUUAGACUGAAA